GGGAUCUGCAGGGAGGAUGACUCGGGAGGAAGCUGGGAGGCUGCCUCAAGUACUGGCCCGGGUCGGGGCCUCUCACGGUAUCACCGACCUGGCCUGCAAGCUCCGCUUCUAUGACGACUGGGCUCCGGAGUACGACCAGGAUGUGGCUGCUUUGAAGUACCAAGCCCCGCGCCUUGCUGUGGACUGUCUCAGUGGAACCCUUCUGGGCCCAUCUCCUGAAACCCUGAUCCUGGAUGUAGCCUGUGGCACUGGCCUGGUAGCUGUGGAGCUACAGGCUCGGGGCUUCCUCCAGGUGCAGGGGGUAGAUGGAAGCCCAGAAAUGCUGAAGGAGGCCCAGGCACGUGGCCUGUACCAGCACCUCAGCCUCUGCACCCUGGGCCAGGAGCCGCUACCAAGCCCCGAAGGGACCUUUGACGCUGUGAUCAUCGUGGGUGCCCUCAGUGAGGGACAGGUGCCCUGCAGUGCCAUUCCUGAGCUCUUAAGAGUCACCAAGCCUGGUGGACUUGUAUGCCUGACUACCAGGACCAACCCGUCCAACCUUCCAUACAAGGAGGCGCUGGAAGCGGCCUUUGACUCCCUGGAGCAGGCUGGUGUGUGGGAACGCCUGGUGGCCCAGCCUGUGGACCACUGGGAGUUAGCAACCUCAGAACGGGAGACAGGGCUAGGCGCCUGUGCCCAGGAUGCCUUCAUCUCCGGCAUCAUCUACCUUUACCGAAAGCGGGAGGCAGUUCAGGGUGAGGGAGGCAGGGUCAGUGCCCAGCCCCCAACUGACCACUGAUCCUCUAUGUACUGUGUCAGCUUAGUCUGUCUCCCUGGCCUUCAGUGCUCUGCCUGUAAAAUGGGUCCCAUUCCCAAGCCUGCU